UAAAAGGAGGAUGUGGGAGUGGCAAUACGGAGCAAGAAGUAAAACUACUCCUCCUGGACCAGUGUGUUUGGUAUAAUUAUAAGAGAAGUUUCAUCCAUCCAGUACUGGAAGGGUGAUCAGAGAUGCCCUGUCUUUGGGGGUAAAUUAGGUCUCUGAGUGGCAGGGCAAUGCAUGAGAAAAGCAGGAGAGGAGAGGCCCGAGAUGAAGGGAAGCGUAUAAAUGAUAAAAUAGGAUUCAAAACAACACAAUGAAAGGUUAGGGCUGGGCGCAAGGCUGAGGAAGCGGGGAGGAGAAGAAUGAGAAUCCGAGUCGGCGAGGUUGGAGUCUCCUAGGACAGACAGGACCUUGGAUGGUCAAAAGUUGGCUGAGGAUGAGAGAGCCUGGAGCAGUGAGGGAUGGCAGUCAGGCAGCAGAAGAAAAAAGGGAGAAGCUUAUGGUGGCCAAUGUUAGUAGGUCUCUCAAGAUAUUGGGCCUAUUCCCUCUCCCAGCCAUCCUGAGUGGGCUGAAAUGUUCUGGACCAAUGCUAAUUCACAAAGCAGACCACCCCCAUCACCAUCUCUUGUCUGGCCUUCAGUGUCCCCUAACUGAUGACUUAGCACAGGUCAUAAAGGCAGCCCCUAUAAGGGGACUGAGGGUCAGGCUGGCUCAGAGCCGCAUCUACUCUGAGAUGGGGGAGAAUGGCAAAGAAUGGAAACCACAGAAGCUGACCAGCCAUUCAACUGCUUCUUCCAAGGUGAUGCCUGACAUUUGAUGGUCCCUUGGGGCUUCUGUAGACUCUCCCUCUUCCUCCUCAAACCUCCCUAGCCCUAGUACUUUCCCCAUGUCAUCCCUAACCUCAUCCCUAUCGCUACCCCGCUAUGGAAGCUCCUGCCCGUUGCUGCUUAUGUGUAUGAACUGCUUCGCAAAGUCACUUGGGCACGUGUUUAAAACUUUAAUUGACGACAAUUACAAUGAUUUCAGGAGCUGGCCGGUGGACUUUCUCUGGGAUGAGGUAAGCACCCAAAGCAAUGGCCACCCGGCACGGAGUAGAGCUGAGGCUGCUGAGGGUGUAUUGUUGAUGCAGGCUACUCCGCAAGGCAGCCGCUGUGGCUCCCAGAUCCAGCUGGCCAGUUAUGCGCUGGCACACUCGUUAGGCCGCUGGCUCGUCUAUCCCGGGUCCAUGUUCAUCACUACCAAAGCGCUGCUGCCGAUGCUGCUCGAGGGCCAAGCUCUCCUCCUGGACAGGUAUAAAGGACAGCGGGCUAAGCUGAAGGCUUGUGAUGGCAAAGAAAUUGACACCAUGUUUCUGGACCGACGCCAGCAGCCUGGCAGCUGGAACCUCGGCCUGCACCUAGUCAUCUGCUGCGAGGGCAACGCAGGCUUCUAUGAGAUGGGCUGUCUUACGGCGCCUCUGGAGGCUGGCUACUCGGUCCUGGGCUGGAACCACCCAGGUUUCGCUGGGAGCAGCAGCGAUGCCUCACCACAGAACGACGCCAAUGCCAUGGAUGUGGUAGUCAAAUACGCUUUGCACAGAUUGAACUUUCUACCUGAGCGCGUUGUGAUCUAUGGCUGGUCCAUUGGCACUUUCACGGCUACGUGGGCCACCAUGACUUACCCGCAGCUGGGUGCGCUGGUGCUAGACGCUCCCUUUGACGAUCUCAUGCCGCUGGCCCUGAAAGUGCUACCUACCUUUUGCAACGGAUUGGUAGAACGCACUGUGCGGGAGCAUUUCAACCUCAACGUGGCAGAGCAGCUUUGCUGUUAUCCAGGACCUGUGCUGCUCAUCCGCCGCAUGCUGGAUGAAGCGGUCAACACUGAGGCUCUCUCCUCGGAGAACAAUGACGAUCAGGCCCCCCGCGCUAUCGACUUGGAGGGCAACCGAGGCAACUACCUGCUACUGAAACUGUUAAAAUACCGGUACCCCAGAGCGAUGACGGAUGAGACUGUGGCGGCUGUGAAACACUGGCUGCAGGCAGCUAACCCAGAGCAAGAGGCUGCCGUGUGCCAGAAAUAUUGUGUGGAUGGCAAAUGGUGCUUGACUAUAUUGCAGAAGUAUAAGACUAAGAACAAUAAGUCCAGAAAGAAAUUAAGGUGGAAGAAUCAAAGCACCUCCCCAAAUCCCCACGGCCCAGACUUCCCCUGGAAGGUGGGUGAGGACCUGUCCCCUUUCCAACAGAAGAGACUUGCAAUAUUCCUGGCUCAGAAAUAUAUGAAGAACAUUGAGGCCACUCACUGCUGCCCACUGGGUCCUGAGGACUUCCAGUUGCCAUGGACAUUGUAGAGCUGGAUUGGGUCAAGGGAAAGGUGGAAGGGGAGAGGGAGCUGAAAGGGAGGCCAGAAGGAACUGAGCUUUCCUCCCCACCACAACUGGCCUGCUCUAGGCUCCAGACCUGUCCUGCCUCAUCCUGUCCCUCUUCUGGGUGCCAGUAAAACUGCCUCUCAAGGUGUGAGGCCCCAAAGAGGUUCUUUCUUUG